UCCUUUCCUUUUUCCUUUCCUUUCUUUCUUCCUUUCCUCCCCCCACCCCCACCCCAAACAAACAAGUCCCCAAUUCUCGUCGGUGCUCGCCGCGGGCAGCGGGCGGCGGAGGCAGCGCGCCACGGUCGCCGCGAGCCGGGAGCCCCGGGCGCCAGCUCCGCGGCGCAGCAUGUUCCAGCCGGCGCCCAAGCGCUGCUUCACCAUCGAGUCGCUGGUGGCCAAGGACAGUCCCCUGCCCGCCUCGCGCUCCGAGGACCCCAUCCGUCCCGCGGCGCUCAGCUACGCCAACUCCAGCCCCAUCAACCCGUUCCUCAACGGCUUCCACUCGGCCGCCGCCGCCGCCGCCGGCAGGGGCGUCUACUCCAACCCGGACUUGGUGUUCGCCGAGGCGGUCUCGCACCCGCCCAACCCCGCGGUGCCGGUGCACCCCGUGCCGCCGCCGCACGCCCUGGCCGCGCACCCCCUGCCCUCCUCGCACUCGCCACACCCCCUCUUCGCCUCGCAGCAGCGGGACCCGUCCACCUUCUACCCGUGGCUCAUCCACCGCUACCGGUAUCUGGGCCAUCGCUUCCAAGGGAACGACGCAAGCCCCGAGAGCUUCCUUUUGCACAACGCGCUGGCCCGAAAGCCGAAGCGGAUCCGAACCGCCUUUUCCCCGUCCCAGCUUCUGAGGCUGGAACACGCCUUCGAGAAAAACCACUACGUGGUGGGCGCCGAGAGGAAGCAGCUGGCACACAGCCUCAGCCUCACGGAAACUCAGGUAAAAGUAUGGUUUCAGAACCGGAGGACGAAGUUCAAAAGACAGAAGCUGGAGGAAGAAGGUUCAGAUUCGCAACAAAAGAAAAAAGGGACGCAUCACAUUAACCGGUGGAGAAUCGCCACCAAGCAGGCCAGCCCGGAGGAAAUAGACGUGACCUCGGACGAUUAAAAACACAACCCGAACCCCACGGAAACGGACAGAGCGGAGCAAAACAGAGGACAGGGAGAGGCGGGGAAGAAGAAAACACCCUACAAAACAAAAACAAACCGCACACACACAUUCGCCGAGAAGGGGAGAGGGAGUCGGAGGGACAGCGGAGAGCGCGUCGCAGACUUUGGGCCGCGAGGGCGCAGGGCCCUGAUCGGAGGCCGCGCCAUGAUGGCAGAGGAUGGAGGCUCCUUGAUCAACAUGCAACCCUUGUCUAAAGAGGCAGCUGAGAGAGAGAGAGAAUGAGAGAGAGAGAGAGAGAGAGAGAGAGAGAGAGAGAGAGAGAGAGAGAGAUCUAAAGGUGGCAAAGCGGCAGGCGCUCUGACAAGGGGAGCUGUCAGUCAAAGGCCCAACCAGCGAGACAAGAUGAUUGGCAGGUAUUCCGUUUAUCGCAGUCCGACUUUAUUUUUCUUUGUAAAAAAGAUAAUAAUAAUGAUGAUAAAAGGAAAAAAAAAAGCAACCAGGCACAGGACUUUUUAUUUUGCACUUCACAGUGUUCCCCACCCACCCCCAGUCUUUAAAAAUAAUCAGUAAUAAUAACGAUGAUCGAAAUUUCAUAUCCAGCCCCAUCCCACACAUGUCCAAAAACUUGAAUUGCAUGUAGCAGUUGUUGGGCGAAUGGUGUCUAAAGACAGAAAAUGAAUUGUAACUUUCUUUUCCUUUUGAAGACAGGUUCUGUGUGCUUUUGAUUUUGAGUUUUGAUUUUCGAGAAAUGUGCAGUCUGUAAACACGUUUUGAUAUCUUCUGAUGUCAAAGUGAUUGUGAAAGCUAAACUAGUAGGCUCAGCGAUAGUGGUCCUCUUACAGAGAAAUGGGGAGCCGGAUGGGGGGCUGGGGGUGGCUGGGGAGGGUGCCCACAAGAGGAGUCAGGAAUUGUGUUGGAAAAAAAAUACCUAAAUUAAUUCUAUUUCUUGGACAUUCCCUUUCCUAACAUCCCAAGGCUUAAAAUCACGAAGCAAACUCCUUUUAGUGGUUGGAGAUAUUGGCUGAGUUCAACCAUUGACUGCAAAGGCCAUUCCAAACUUUAAAUCGAUCGAUUGCAAAAACCGAAGGACUGUAGUUAGCGGGGAUGAUGCUAAGUGUGGCCAAAGACAUGGCGGCAAGUUUUCAAGCACUGAGUUUCUAUUCCAAGAUCAUAGACUUACUAAAGAGAGUGACAAACGCUUCCUUAAUGUCUUCUAUACCAGAAUGUAAAUAUUUUUGUGUUUUGUGUUAAUUUGUUAGAAUUCUAACACACUAUAUACUUCCAAGAAGUAUGUCAAUGUCAAUAUUUUGUCAAUAAAGAUUUAUCAAUAUGCCCUCAGA